UCCCGCUCCGCCCCUCCCUGUCCCGCAGCUCCGGAGAUGGCGGCGCUGGGGGCGCGGCGGCUGCUCCGGCCCGGCCGCCGCUGGUUCUCGCAGGCCGAGCCCACCAGCCCCUCGCUAGCCUCCGGCCCGCUCUACCCGCCCGUGGUGGCGUCCAUCACGGCCAAGAGCAAGGCGGCCCAGCAGCGGCGCCGGGAGAACUUCAAGCAGCGAGUGCACGCUGCGGCCACGGUGGAGGAGAAACUGCGGCUGUACGAGAAGCUGCAGCGGCCCAAGUACAUGGUGUACCCGCAGACCUUCGCUAUCAACGCCGACCGCUGGUAUCGCAGCUUCACCAACACUGUCUUCGUGCCGGGCAUGCCCCCGGGAGCCCUGGCGGCGGAAGCGGUGGCGGCGGAAGCGGCGCCCAAGGCCGGCGGAGGCCCGGGAGCGGGAGCACCGGCGGCUGCGACAAGCCCGGGGACUGCGACAACCUCGGGGCCUGCGACAACCUCGGGGACUGCGACAAGCCCGGAGCCCGCGGCGGGAGCGCUCCCACCCCUGGAUAUGGGCGAGCUGCGCUCCCUGGCCUGCGACGCCCUCCUGCAGGAGAGCUUCUAUCAGAACAAAAAGCGGCCGUUCCUGUACCGUGACCAGGAGCACACGCCCGGUCCCUUCCUCACGCAGCUCGUUUCCACCCUCGCCGCGUUCCUGUCCGGCCACAAUCCGCUGCUGGCGACCUCCUCCCUCGAUCUAAAGCCCGAAGUUAACUAUUACUGGCAUCAUGGUGAGGAAGUUGUUGCUCAUGGACAUCGGAAGGGUAGAGUUGAUCCUGUGCGAUUCCAGAUAGACGAUAAGCCACACCUCCAGAUCCGUGUGCCAAAGCAGCUUCCCCAGGUUGUACCCCUGGAUUCAAAUCUGGGAGAUGUUCCCGUUAUCAAUCACAAACCAUCCAAACUGCCGUUGUUCAAAAAGCAGUACGAAAAUAAGGUAUAUAUAGGAUCGAAGGUGGCAGAUCCAUGCUGUUACGGACAUACCCAGUUUCAUCUUAUUCCCAAUAAACUAAAGCGGGAGAGGCUCAUAAAAGCACGUCUUGAGGAUCAGAUUGAAGUUGUUUAUCGAUCAAAUGGUAUUGCAAGUCUCUUUGCAUGGACAGCAGCACAAGCAAUGUAUCAAGGAUUCUGGAGUGAAGCAGAUGUGACUCGUCCUUUUGUAUCACAAGCAGUAGUGACUGAUGGAAAAUACUUUGCUUUCUUUUGUUACCAGCUAAAUACUUUAGCACUAACUGCAGAAACUAUUAAAAAUAACCCUCGAAAGAAUAUCUGUUGGGGUACAGAGAGUAAGCCAUUGUAUGAUGUUGUGGAAGAUGGUAAUGUGAAAGAUUUUAAUGAUGAAGUUCUGCUUCAUUUGGUUCGUUUUCUACUAAAUAGACCAAAAGAGUUGUAAAUCAUUAAUCAAUAAAGUGUUGCUUUGUAUGUGCCUGAA